CGCCGCGACCAAAAAAUAUAGUACUAAUAAUAAUAAUAAUAAUAAUAAUCAUCAUCAUACUAAGAAGCCACCAAUUCGACAAAUAAUUCGUUUAGAAUCCCUGUGUCUCUCCUGCCAACGCUCGCUCAGCUAUUUCAAUGAGUGCAGGUUGAGUUUCUCGCAUUUCUCCUGCAUUGCCGAUCACUUGGUUCGUGAAAGAUCGGUUGUACUGUGCGCUACAUGUGAAGGGAUUGAGUAAGUUCCGAGAGAGCUUGUGGGUUGGUUGUCUGGUUCGUAUCGCCUGUUCGUUGAGCGGACGUUUUUGACUGAGUGACCGCGCGUGGUCGACGCUGCUGCUGUUGAUUAGAUUUGAGUUAGAGGACUUGCGUUCAUAUCUGGUUGUGAAGCUUCAGAGCGACUGUGGUUGCGUUUCUUGGGGACGUGUAGUAGCGACGAUGUCUUGCCUGUGCGCGCCCACCACCCAUGCUGGCUCGUUUCGGUGCCGUCUGCACCGGUCCAGUUCUUUGAGCGGGCGUUCCAUGACCAUUAGGCUUAUUUCUGGCGAGGACCUGGAAAUUUCGACGGCUUCUUUGAUUGAGAAUUCUUUGAAGACGAGAGAUCAGACAUCGCAGUUAAAGCCAGUGGUUUCGCUUCCUGCUUCUCCUCUACGCAUUCCUAAAUCGAGGAGCCCAGUUCAAAGAGGCAGCAGGUUGAGGAACAUGGUGAGCAGGUCGGACGAGGACGACGAAGCGCCGAAGCAAUCGGUCCUCAUCACAGAACGUAUGCUUAACGUGAAGAUGGCCACCAGAACCAGGGGCAGCUACGUUUCUAAGCCUGGAGGUCGAGCGGCCAUUUUCAGGAUGCUGAAGACGGGCCAAUCGACUCCCAAGAUAUACUCAUAAUGUUAUGUCUUUGGUAGUGAUCAUUCCUACUGUAUGAUAUCUCGGUCCACCCUCUGUAAGUAAUUAGUGUUCAUAUGCCUGACCCGAGCUUACCAGCUGUCUACACACGCAUAACUAUUGUAUACUGUAAUCUAGCUCCUUCCCACCGGUUUACAUGCUGGAUCUGUUGGUGCCCGUCUGUCGUCGAGGCCAGGAGCUCGGCCUCUCCACCAUGGACUGUCAGGGAGAUCGUCGAGACCUGCUUCCUUAGGUUUUUAUCUUAUUAGAGAUCAACACUCGAUGUCGUCCUAACGAGGACGAGUUUUGUAAUCAGGGCGAGCACCUUUUGUGCCAUAUAGCAUGAUUAGUUUUUCAGCUGUGUAAAUUAUCUUCUGUAUAAAUGUUUCUUUUUUGGGCCA